AUGUUUUCACUCUUGCUUCAAUCGUUUGUCUGUUGUCGUUUUCUGUCUUCCCUUUGGCUCUCCCAGCACUCGGUCGUCUGUCUACUACUACAAGUACUACUAACACACAUCACCAUAUCAAACUCACAACAUAACACUCCCAACCCAACUAUGAUGAAGUCGAUAGUGGCAAGGGCGUACUCGCCGUUCUGCUCCGUGUUCGCCACGGAAGACUGCGACAAACUCGCCAACGAUCUCGGAUACGAAGAUCUCAUCACUCUUCUGGCCCCCCAUGGAGACUCGGUAGGAAGAGCCACAGUUCGAGACUCCCAGGGCAUGACCAACACGUACGACGACUUUGCCAUUCGACUGGGUGCCAAGCGACCCACCGAGAGAGACUCUGGCGGCAUGCUCUUCAACCCGGACGCCAUGGAGGCGCUUCUGAGAGAGUACAUUGGUCACUACAACUCUGACGAUUCUGCAUUUGCCCGGUUUUUCGCCAAACUGGUGGCUGCUCCACCGGACACGGCAUUUGAGACCUUUUCUCAACCGGCUGCGCAUCUCUUUUGUGUCUCCAGCAGAAACGCGCAUCCUCUGGACACGUUGCAGGCUUUGGCCCAGGGCCAGAAACGCGAUAAGGACUGUCUCAACUUUUAUGUGCUGGUGCACGAUGCACGUGUGGAGGACGCCGAGAACUCGACGCAACGAACCAUUGCGUUGCUGGAGCGGGCCAAGAAGCGGUUUGGACUGGCUGGUAUGAUCAAACUGGGCCAGGAGGGUGUUCCGGAGACGAUCCCCACGCCGCAGUUUCUGACCGUGGGCGAUGAGCUGGUCAAUCUUAAGACUGGAGUGGGAUUCGGUUCUCGGACCUUGUCUCAGCCUGACAAGGAGAGUAUUCGGUCGCUUUUGAGAGAGUUUACCGUACAGCAUCUUAUUCCGCACAUGGAACGGUGUAUCAUGACGUGGGAUACGGUGGCAGCCGGAAAACGAGGACUAACAGGUCGAAUGUUUUCCGCGGGCAAAAAGUGGCUCAAGUUCGGAGGAAGCGAGAAACAGGAGGCAGGAUCAUCCAUCCAAGCAUCGGGAAUCUACCCCCAGGGGUCUCCAGAACAGACGAUUCGACGUUUGGCAGAUUAUGCGUUCAUGCUGAGAGACUACAGAUACGCAUAUGCUACUUACGAGCUGGUAAAACGGGAUUUCCUGUCGGACAAGGCGUGGAAGUACCUUGCAGCAUGUCAGGAACAGGCAGCAGUGGCCCUUCUCAUGUACACUACUCGUCUGACGGAGAAACAACGGGUUGAGGUGCUGAACCCAUUGCUGGACUCAGCAUGCUAUACAUAUAUUUCGCGGCUGCAAUUACCACAGUAUGCGCUUCGAAUGCUGGUGGUAACUUCGGACCUGCAGUGUCUGCUUGGUCCUGACGCUGCUUCACAGGGGGCAACUCAGUGGUUCCAGAAACUGUUGGAUGAGCGGCUGGUGGGCCGUUUGGGUUAUGCUCUCAUCAUGUUGCGGGUAUCGUACGCCUUUUCACAAUCUCCCAAAGGCAGAAAGGCGGCUCUGUGGCAGUUGUUGUCUGCUCGUGAAUGGGCUGAUGCCAACCAGAAGGGUGAGAUGGCAAAGUGUCUAGACAUGACAGCGCCGGUUUAUGACGAGUUGAACUGGCCAAACAACGAGGGGACAUUGUUGACUAGGUUAAAGGGGGAACUUGCCAACGAGGCUAAACCUACGAGCGUGGCGAGCUGA